AUGAAAGGCAGAUCCCUCGUUGAAAAAGCCUCCACCAGCAAACCCAUCCUCUCCUCCCUCCACAACCACACCCGCGCAGCCCUAACCCAGCCCACGCGCUUCCUCCUCUCAAAACCCCACGGCCACGUCUUCGCCCUCUACGCCGCAACAUACACCGUCGCAAACGGCACCGAAACAAUCACAAAGCACUCGCACCCGUCCCUCUCAGGCGCCCUGACCUUCGCCGCGACAUUCGCCGUGAACAUCCCGCUAGGCGUGUGGAAGGACAUCCGGUUCGCGCAGUUCUUCGGCGCUGGCGCCUCACAGGUCCCUGUCCCUAAGACCGCAACCGCAACCGCCGCAAAGACCGGGGCACUGCCAGUCCCGCCGAGAAAGACAGGCUCGGCCGCAGCAACAGCAACCCUGCUGAUCCGCGACGCCGUAACAAUCUACGGCUCAUUCACACUCGCCCAGUCAUGCGCGGACCUAAUCCCCGACUCCGUGGCGAGCCAUCCAUAUUCAAAGACCGUGUUCACGCAGCUCGUUGUCCCCGUGCUGUCGCAGCUGAUUGCGACCCCGCUGCAUCUGCUGGGCUUGGAUCUGUAUAACCGCCAAUACCGGGUUCCUGUGAGAGACCGGGCGGCGCUGGUCUGGAGGGAUUUGGGCUCGGCGACGGCGGUCAGGUGUGCGAGGAUUGUGCCGGCGUUUGGGGUCGGGUGUUUGGUGAAUAUGGGGCUUAGGGGGGUUUUGCAUGGUUGGGUUGAUUAA